UGCGUCUUUAAACGUUGUUUGCGGCCCGCCAAAAACAAAACAGAGAAGAAGAAGAAACAGCGAGUACCGCCAACAAAGAAGAGUCGACAGCAGAUCUUUGCUGAUUCUGAUGAUUAUUCAUUAUUGAAAGCAACAUUCAGAGAUUGAAAGUAAAGUUCAGAGCGUUGGAGCUUUUAUAAGCAGUGAAAAUGGAUUCGCUCUCUGUGGAAGAACUUUCUUGUCCCGUGUGCUGUGAAAUCUACAAGAAUCCUGUUCUUCUGUCGUGUAGUCACAGUGUGUGUAAAGAGUGUCUUCAACAGUUCUGGAAAACCAAGAGAACUCAGGAGUGUCCCGUCUGCAGGAGCAGAUUUUUAAGAGAAAAACCUCCUUGUAAUCUGGCAUUGAAGAACUUAUGUGAGAUGUUUGUGAAGGAGAGAAAUGAGGAGGAGAUCUGCAGUUUACACAGUGAGAAACUCAAACUCUUCUGUCUGGACGAUAAACAGCCGGUGUGUUUAGUGUGCAGAGAUUCACAAAAACACACCAAUCACAAAUUCAGACCCAUCAGUGAAGUUUUUCGAUCUUACAAGGAGAAACUCAAUACAGCACUGAAGUCUUUACAAAAGAAACUCAAACGCACAGAAAACAUGAAAGGAGAGUUUGAUAAAUCAGUUGGACACAUCAAGACUCAAGCUGAGCACACAGAGCGUCAGAUUAAAGAGCAGUUUAAGAAGCUUCAUGAGUUUCUCCGACAUGAAGAAGAAGCUACAAUCACUGAACUGAGAGAGGAAGAGGAGCAGAAGAGUCAGAUGAUGAAGAAGAAGCUUGAGGAGAUGAACACACACAUCUCAGCUCUUUCACACACAAUCAAAGACAUGGAGGAAAUGAUGAAAGCCAAUGACGAUGUCUCAUUUCUAAAGAACUUUAAUGUGACAAUGGAAAGAGUCCAGAUCUCACAGCCGGAUCCACAGAUGACUUCUGGAGCUUUCAUUCAUGUGCCACAUUACUUGGGCAACCUGACAUUCAGAGUCUGGAAGAAGAUGCAAGACAUUGUCCACAAGACUCCUGUGAUUCUGGAUCCAAACACUGCAAAUCCAAAUCUGAUUCUGUCUGAUGAUCUGACCAGUGUGAGAUACAGCAAGAAGAGAAAAAUAUUACCUGAUAAUCCAGAGAGAAUUAACUGUGAUGAGUGUGUUCUGGGUUCAGAGGGGUUUAACUCAGGAACACACUGCUGGGAUGUGGAGGUUAAAGACAAUAAAGACUGGAGUCUUGGAGUUAUUACAGCAUCAAACAAGAGGAAGGGAGGAGUUUUCUUUAAGGCUAAUGUCUGGCGUAUUGAUCAUAUUGAGGAUUAUUAUGAAGAUGAUGAAGAUUACGAGGAUGAUGUAGAUGAGGUGGAUGAUAAAGAUGAGGUGGAUGAUAAAGAUGAGGUGGAUGAUAAAGAUGAGGUGGAUGAUAAAGAUGAGGAGGAUGAUAUAGAUGAGGAGGGUAAUGUGUUUAUUGUCACACAGAAACUUGAGCGUGUGAGAGUUCAUCUGGAUUAUGACAGAGGAAAAGUGUCAUUCUCUGAUCCUGUAACUAACACACAUCUACACACAUACACACACACAUUUACACACACACUCUUGCCAUUCUUCUGGAAUAAUAAAACACUCCCUCUGAGGAUUUUACCUGUAAAAUGUUUGUAACAACAGAAAUGACUAAAGUUUAACGACAGUUUUAAGACUCAUUGUUUCUGACACUGUUUAUGGAUCAAUGAAUUCAGAUUUUCUUAGGCUAAAAUGUAAUACAACACUCAAUAUAUCUACACAAUUCCCACUUUAACAAAUAAAAUGUGAUCUUGCCAACAUAAAAACAUGAAAAGUUUUUACAUAUUAAAAUUCAAAGCUCAUGGAAACCAUUUAAGUAUUUCUACAUUUGAUAUCGUCACAGUCCAUCUUCCUCAAGUUUCCCUAGUACUCUUAUUUUGAAGUUUUCUCACAGACUUCAUCUCCAAUAAAUCACUGCCCUCAUUAUUUCCAUCUGUUUCCAAUCCUCCUCACCUGUCCUCCAUUCCAUCAUCUGCCCUUGUUUGUAUAAAUACCCUCCUGUUUUACAUUCCUUUGUCAGUCCUUAAAGUGUUACGUUGUAAGGCUGAAGCGUUAUGUUACGUUGUGUUGUUAUUUUGUGAUGUUUAGAUUCAUAGUUUGUUCCACUCCAGCGUU